AUGCUUCGAUACAAUGGCGGUUCAGACUUACCCAAGUCAGAGUCUGAGGCCAAGAAGCAUAUCGCCAAAAUCCGGAAGGCCAGGGACAAGGAUAAGAAAUCAGGAAUCGCGGGUAUGAUGGACAAUGCCAUCGGCAUUCUAUCAGAUGAUUUGUAUCAAAAGCCUUCACACUUUAUCCUCGAGUUUCUACAAAACGCGGACGACGGCAACUACGAAGCGCCUGAACCAACUCUAGUGAUCACAUUACAGGAUAAUACUGUCCGCUUCGACGCUAACGAGGUCGGGUUCACUCGUACCAAUGUUGACGCUCUGUGCAGCCUGGGCUCAAGUUCCAAAGUUCAGUCGGACCAAGCGACUGGCCACAAGGGCAUUGGGUUCAAGUCAGUAUUCAAGGUUGCCGACAAAGUGUGGAUAAAGUCGGGCCAUUAUUCCUUCAAGUUCGAUGCCAGAGAACGGCUGGGGACUGUGGACCCCAUCUGGACAAGUUUCCCCGACAGAGAGCGAGAAGGAUAUACGUCGAUUCGUCUCCGGUUGCUGCCUAAGCUAAAUCUGUUGGCUUUGGCUGAUGAGCUCUUGAAGCUCGAUGCGCAGCUCCUGCUGUUCCUUCGGAAGAUUCAAUGUAUAGAAGUCCACGUUAUUCCAGAAAAAGGCCAGAGGGCCCGUCCUCCCAGAGUGUUGAAGCGGCGUACAGAUUCCAGAAUCCCGGAUGGCUUGCAGCGAUUCACGUUAAUAUCAGACUAUGCAUCAGCAUUUCUCGUCUCGAGCCAUCGCACCAUCAAACUUGGGCACGACAACAGAAGGAAGGGGCGGAAACACUCGGACAUUCUCCUUGCAUUUCCAGAAAUGUCAUUCAGACAUCCGCCUACGGCGACUCAAAACGUUUAUUCGUUUCUACCGAUCCGGAACUACGGCUUCAAGUUCAUCAUGCAAGCCGAUUUCCUGCUCACUGCCAGUCGAGAGGACAUUGACAACUCUUCUGACUGGAAUAUCAAGCUGCUUGAUGAACUCCCCGAAGCCAUGCUCACAGCGAUCAGGCGUUUCAACUCCCGUCGUCUCUACGAUGCAUGGCUCCCUUACCUCAUCUUUGACCACAACCAACCGGGCUUCUUUGAGAAUCUUGGGCAAGAGAUCCUCAAGUUGUUAUCGAGGCAGCCCAUCUUGAAGUCGAUAACUGGCGACUUGAAACCUCCGUCAGAGCUGACUCGCAUCCCGGCGUCUCUGGCGGACACGGACGGCAACUCCAUGAUCCCUCGGGGCUUCUGUCCCUACACAUUGGUCUCGUCCGAGCUUUCAUCUCAGUUCACAGGUGCACUAGAUGGCCUGGGCGUCAAGACCCUUUCCAGCGAUGAGUUCCUAAGUGAAAUCUCAUACUUCAUCCCGAGGUUUCCCAAAGUCUUUCAGUCCCAGCCUUCAUACUGGCACUCGCGACUCGCGUCUAUUCUCCUUCGUCUUUGCGGUUCACCAGAGUACAAGGCUCAGAUCGCUGAAUUGCCAAUUGUUCUUCUACAAGACGGUCGAUGGGUUACCCCUAAUGCCGGUCAACUUCUAUUGCCUCUGAGAUCCAGCGUCGGCCCGGUUCCAAAGGGAAUUUCCGCCAUGGAAGUCCACCGUGACGUUGCUGAUGAUUCUUUCCGUCUUCGACUGAUUCAGGAAUUCGGAGCGAGAGAGUCCGGGCUCCGGAUGGUCUGCGACAUCAUCACCAAGGCGCACGAGGACAUGACCUUUGCCCCGGAAACCGUUGACAUAGACGAACUUGUCUCCCACAUUGUCUUUCUGUAUCGUGCUCAAUGGGUCCGGACCUCGGUCUCCACGAAGAUCUGGUUCGUCGCGGAAGAUGGCAGCCGUGAUCGAGGCCAUCGCAUGUAUGUCGACUCAAAUUCGGAGUACUCUGUCGGGGCCGUCUUUUCCGGAAAUCAUAGAUCCAAGUUCCAUUUCUUGCACGCCAAGUAUGAACUUGCUUUCUCGAGAGUUCGAAGCAAUGAGAAUCCGACGCAUUGGAAGAAAUGGAUCCGCGAGAACUUUGGUGUUGCACAUCUUCCCCGUCUAGCAUCAACAAUCUCCGAAGACAAGAAGAGCUUUAUCUUAUCGAGGGACUUUCGGUACCUGAUGGAUCACCAGUCUUCGAAGAUAGUCUUGAGUGUUCUGAAACACAAUUGGAGUCACUACUCCCGUUGGAUUCAGGAAACGCCCACUGAUGCGACCGAGAAGGAUAAGAAGCGGUCGAAAGAAAAACUGCGACAUGAGUUGUCCUCCUGGCGCGUUCAAUGUCGUGGCGGUCCGCUUGUUCAGCUGAGGAAGACAUGCCUUCCACGCAAGAACGUACUUGUUGGACUGGGUCUAUGGGGAUACUCAUCUGGGAUGCAGGGUCAUGCCCAAGGUUACCCCCUUCUCGACAUCUCAGAUCCGGAGGAUAGUGGCUGGGAUUUUUUGCAACACUUCGACGUCAUUGUGGAGUUAAAGCCAGUGCACUUCAUCACUCGAUUGCUGGAGCUGCGACGAACCGACACCACUAGGGCUGCUGUAUCCGUACUGUAUGAUCAGAUCGUUACUUGUGCAGAUGAUAGUCAACUCGGAGCCAUCAGGAAGUCCUUCGAAGAGAAUAACCUCAUCUUCAUUCCAUCAACAGAGCAUUGCCCUAGCCGCUGGGUUGGCCUGGAUGGGUGCACCUGGGAAGGUUUCACCUGCCUCCGAAAGAUCCCCGACCUGAAGAGACAUUACCCUUCUCACCAACAUGAGACUCUCUUCAGAAAGUACCUCAAUGUCCCUAUCGCUAACCUGAAGACUCUCGUAUCUGAGCUUCAACAAGUCACGUCUUCUGACUCGCUGUCCUACCUCCGCGAUCUAUUCAUCACAACAAGCAGACGCAUGGAUGCCGCCACCUUGUCAGAGUACAACGACGCAGCCAUUGUCAAACAGCUAGGCGGACGCAAGAUUUGGCCCAUCACGAAAUCAGGCUCGGACGAUGGCUUUGAGAGUCUCAUGGCCAACGACGACGUGUGGUACAUUCCUGACCACGGUCACCUGCGCGAGACGUUUUCAGGAAAACUGCCUUUCUUGGCGUUCGAUACCGCAACUCUUGCUCAGCUUGAACAGCUUUUGCGUCCGUUUGGCCUUGAUAGGAGGAUUAUCUCCAAGGCGGCGACGUCAAAGACGAGCACGAUGGGAGAAGCGCCUUGCAUGGUCGACUACACCAAAGCGCUCACGGCCAAAGCAGAGUUCAUAGCCAGGCUUGUUCCCUUGGGUCACGCAGACAGGAGCACUAUUUUGCGCCGUCUGGGUGCGAUAUGCGUCUAUCAACCGCAGAAGGUAUCGGUGCAAUGGACCGUCGUCACCCAGAUCGCAGACAUCGUACAUGGCCAUGAAGAAUCUGGCCGUGUAUCAGUGACGACUAAGGAAGACGGACUCGAUAUCUAUCUCGUUCCUGAAGACUCCAACAUCUACUGCCCUCCCUUGGAACUGACGGAAGAGCUAGCCGCCUGCUGUGGCAUUACAAACCCUGAGCACGUCCAGCUCCUCACACACAUUCUGGUGCAACAGGAUGUCCAGAGAAUCUCGAGUGACCUUGAGAGAAAAGGCAUACCCAAUGAUCUGGAGGGAUUUGACAACACAAAUGCAAAACUUCCGGAACCUUCGUCUUUGGAUGUCAAGAUCUCAAGUAACUUUGACGAUCAUCUGAACAAUCUGAGCCUGCAAGCGCAAACACUAAGAAGUAGCUACAUCGAACGGGUUCCCUCUCCAGCCUCCUAUGUUGCGAGGACUGCUGAAUGGGAUGAGGUUCAGAAGCGUUACAGGCUUGUCACCGUUGGGCCCAAGACGAGGUCCAUCAAAUAUGGAGUCACGGCAUUGUCAAUGCCAGAUUCUCUUGCAUCCGGUGGUCAUAGCGAAAUGGAAGACAACUUCAUCGGCCAGCUCUAUGUCUCAAGCUUUCUGAGAGAGGUCGUCGGCGAUGGAUACAAACCUAGUGUUCAUUGGACAAGCCCUCUUCGAAACAUGGCAGGCCACAGUCCAUUCCAGGACAAUGCUUCUGACACGUCAACUUUUACGAUGCAGGACACACAGGAAAGGUUCAAGCAGUUCCUGGCACAACAAGGGUUUCAAGGAAUUGAGUCAUUGGCCGACUCUGUGACUUUCCACAUCGAAACCAUCGUUUCUGACGAAUCCAUUUACUCUGGCUUUACACUCAAUGCGCAUCAGGCGAAAAAGGCUGAGAGACUUUCCCUGACUAGACCUGCAAACAUCAUGUUGACUGAAGCGUUCAUCUUGGUUGUCGUAUGUAAUCUUCACGAGGAGCCUCGAAUCGCCUUUUUCGAUGACCCUUGGCGGCACUAUCAUGGCGGAUCCCUCUCAUUGGAAGCACCCAGCGGCUACUGGGCUCGUUUCAACGAGACCGCACGUCCCCUUCAUAUCCGAGGCGCUGCAAACGUUCAGGUUGUGUCGUCAGAGGACUCCGGCUGCUAUAGGUAUCGAAGCCUACGCCCGGGGGAAAUGCGGCUCUUCAAGCUCUCCCCUGGAAGGGACGACGAACCCUUGGAAGGUACUGUCCACCACGUGCUGGCUGGUUCUGACGAAGAGUAUCAAGCUCUGUCCUACGUCUGGGGCGACAUUAACUCUUCCCUGGCACCGCACUUUAUCGAGACUCCUGAGGGAGCGCUGCAGAUCAGCUUUUCUCUCCAUUCUGCGCUGCGGGCGAUCAGAGACCAGAAGACUGAUACAAUGCUAUGGAUUGACGCCAUCUGCAUUAACCAGGAGAGCGUUACGGAGAAGGCUAUUCAGAUCCGCCUCCUGAGCACAAUCUUCCAGUCAGCCACACAGGUCGUCGCUUGGCUUGGCCCAGAGGACCAGAGUCAGAACGGCGGCACCGUGAUGGAAAAUCUCAAGAGCAUUGCCGAGUUUUCCCGUCAGUCCGGAUCGAUGUACCGGCCCGAAUUCUUGGACAGCAUCAAGUCCAAGAAUGAGUCUCGGGGCUGUGAUAUUGACACCUGGGCCGAUUUGGAUGCCUUCUUGGAUAGACCAUGGUUCAAACGUGUCUGGAUCGUGCAAGAACUGGUGCUGCCAACCAAAGUCACUCUCAUCUGUGAUAAAUCAACGAUCGACUGGGAUGAGUUCUUUGAGGCAAUUCAGCUCUGCGAACGCGGGCUCAACUCCGGUGGUCAUCAACCUGACGAUGUUCUCGUCUUUCAACACGCCAGCCCCGCAUAUGCCCUAGGAAUGGCACGCAAGUCGCUCAGAGAAGGGCGUAACAAGUUUGGAUUUCUCCGCUUGCUUGACAUGUUUGCUCACUGCCAGGCCACUAAGCUUGUCGACAAGCUGUUCGCUCUUCUUGGCCUCGGCUCUGACUGCGGCCAGCAAGAGUUCAACCCGGAUUAUGACUCAAGUAUACAGCAAGUCGUCCAGAGGUACGCCAACUGCUUUGUGCACCGGGGACAGGUCAUGGACCUCUUAUGCCGGGCCGGGAUGAAUAAGUCCUAUGGCUUCUCGUCUUGGAUCCCUGAGUGGACAAGACACAACUUCCCCCAGACAAUAUCAACAUGGGAUGCUGCAAAGGGCACAUUCUACGCUGGCAAGCGGGAGCACCCAACGGCUGAUGUGCAACCUACAUCUGACUCUGGCCUUUCGAUUUUGCAAAUUAGUGGUAUCUCGGUUGACAGAAUCACAUCUUUCGCCACAAUCAGAGAGGUUGGCAAGGACGGCGCCGACUACUCUGGUACUGCAGACAACUUCCGUAACUUGAUCGAGUUUAUUCAUUCAUACCCAUCCGGGGAGAGUAAUAACAGCAUUCUUCUCAGACUCCCCAUUGGAGACGCAAGAAAGCCUCACCUGGAGUCGACCACAGACCGCCUCCGAGCAUACCGAGACUUUGUGAAUCAGGAGGCACAUGAGUGGCCUAGCGACCUAGAACAGCUCGUGUGGGGAGACAAGAAGAGAUCGCCCGAAGAGGACAGAGUGGUCAAGCAAUACUGGCAGACUUCACAGGCGUUCAUGAGCAGAAUCUCAAAGGCUGUUUUCUGCAGGACUGAGAAAGGCUACGCUGGUCUGGUACCGGGGGGAUCACAAAAAGGCGACGAAAUAUGCACAUUUGGUGGCGGCAAGGCGCCGUUUGUGCUCAGGAAGCGCAUAGAGGCGGAGUAUACGCUAGUGGGCGAGUGCUAUAUGCAUGGCCUUAUGUAUGGCGCUGAGAAUGUCCAAGGAGCUCAGGAGAGGCAGUUUUGUAUUGUAUAA